CACCUCUUGCCAAACAGCUGAGUUAAAAAACAAAACGGAAUGAGUUGAGACAAAACAAGCAGAUUUUGAGGGAUUAAAGAAGCAGAAUGUAACUUAUUUGGAGUGAGUUAAGCCCAAAAUUAAUCAGAAGAGCUGAUUAAAAUCUUGAUGAAGUCUCAAAAAUGAUGUCCAAUAUUUUGGAGAAAACCCUGGGCUCUGUCUUCACAGGCAGCAACACUGACCAGUUUGCGGGGCUGAAAUCGCUGUACCAAAAAUGUCUCUCCGCAAGAACGAAAAAAGAGGAAAAUCAAAUAAUAAGAGAGUUGCUGGCCACGGUAAAAUUGCGCCUCAGCAACCCCAGCACGCGACCCCUUUUGGCCGGACACUGCUUGGCCUUUGCAAUUUUUGCUGAACUAAUGGGAUUCAAUGUCGAAUUCGCUCACAUCCACGCCAUCAACUUGGCCCAACAGUCUUCCAUUGUAGAAAAGAAAAUGGGUUAUGUUGCUUGUUGUUGUCUUUUGAACGAGACAAACGAACUGAACCUGCUUUUGGUGAACACUUUGGUGAGAGACCUGGCGAGCAAAAACGUGGCCAUCGUCGGUCUUGCCCUGUGCGCCCUUUGCUCAGCCCCGUUGCCCACAGAGGUCAUUCCGUCAAUUCUUCCUGCAGUCCUUGACAGGCUAAACCACUCCACGGCUUACAUUCGUUGCCGGGCGGUCAUUGCUGUGCAUCAUAUUUUGCGGAGGCACCCGGAGCAUUGCGAGCAGAUGGUGUGCAAAGUGGUUGCCCUCUUGGGGGACAGCGACCCCCACGUUGUUCACAGAGCCUUGGGCUGCUUGCCUGACAUUAUUCAAAAAUAUCCUGAGUUGGUUGCUGGCCUCGUGCAACCGCUGGUGGCAAUUCAAAGGCAAAUUCUAAAUGGAAAACUUCCUGCGCAGCUGAACUACCGAGGAAUUCCGACACCGUGGAUGCAAAUGUCGAUUUUAAAAUGUUUGCCUGAGCUUUGUUUGACGGAAGAAGAAGAAUUUGCUUGCAAAGAGGUUCUCCUGGAAACAAUCAAAAUUAUCUCGACCAAAAACAUUGCCAUCAGUGAACCUCCGAUCAGAAGUGCCAUUAUCGCUCAAGCUCUGACUGUCCUGCUCAGCCUUGAGGAGACUAAUGAGGCCAGCAGGAUAAGAAUCAUGAAUUACAUUGGCCUGAUGCUCCAGUCGGAAAACUGCGACGUCAAAAAUGAGGGCCUUCUUUUGCUUGAAAACGCCCUUGUCAAGUAUCAGAUGACUUUGACUGAGGAGCAGAAUUCUGUCGUCAAGUCCAGCUUAGACCACGCGGAUUUGUCAAUCAAGAGACGUUGCCUCGGAUUGUUGACUGCCGGGGCGACGGAAAAUGACGUCCAGUCGGUUUGCGGGCAGCUUUUCACCCAUGCUGCUAAAUCAGAAGACGAGAGUUUGAAACACUGGUUGCUGGAGCAGGCUUUGCUUUUAUUGGAUAGAUUUGAAAGCGCUGUAUCUGAAGACUGGAAACUGAGCGCUCUGAUCAAAUUAAUGCCAUUGGCCGAGGACACCAAAAUCAACGAAAAUAUUUACAAGAGAGCUCGAGGAAUCCUAGUAAAAGGAAAUUUAAAAGAUGAGACGUGGGCGAAAAUGCUAGCCGUUUUAACCACUCACGGAGAAGCGAAAAGUGCGCCGACCAAUUUGCUCAUGUUGUACAUUUGGACUCUAGGAAACUUGCCCCACUUGUGUUCAGCGGGUACCCAAGAAGCACUUACUAAAAUCAUUGUUCUUGGAAACAAGCUACUUAAUAAUGCUAAGAGUGAACCUUCAGCUCGGGACCUGUUGCUGCAGAUUUUGUGUUCAAUUAGAAAGAUAAGCGAGAAAGAAGAUUUCUUGAAACCUGACAACCUGGAUAAUUUUCUGAAAGAGGUGUCAGAGUUGUCGGCUGUGCAUUUAGUCGAAGCCUCCGAUUUACUGAAAACCUUGGAAAACCUCGAGAAAAUCAGGAAAUGCCUGCAACUCGAAUAUGAAAUUGAUUUUUCCCUGAGUGCCUUGGACAAUUUUGUGUUGGAGUCCAUUCAGACAGGAAAUAAAAAAGUUUAUCAACCGCAUGUGGCCAUGCUAGUGCUCCAGCCGAAGCCCAUCAGGUCGCCCGAGUUGGCUCAUUUGUUGCCCGUUGAACUGCCGUCAAUUGUUAUGCAAACCUCCCAAGACUCUGCAAAAGCCUCUAUGGAAUCGUCUUCAAGCAAGAGCAGCCAAGUUGCCGAACCCACAAGCCCAAAUCAGGCGCCAGCAACAUUGUGGACAAAAGAGGGAAGGAUCAAGAACACUUCCGAAGAGCAGACGACACUUGCUGAUUCUGACCCUCUUACAAAUGCCCUUAGACUUUCUCAACAGAUUUCCAAAAAUGCACAAAAUGCAGAGCCUGAGGACCCAUUGGGAGACCUUCUGAGAUGACUGAUCUUUUUUACUGGAAAUCAAUUGCGGAAUGAUAAAUGUUGUUGUUGUGUUUCUGUCAUAAAUUGAUGUUAAUUUAAUAUGAACUAAUAAUUUUUUG